CCCUUUUGGACGCCGGUGGAAUCGGAGCGCCUCCCGGUCCCAGACACCAUUGAGCGGCUGGAGCUGCGGGCGGAGGAACCUGCUGAAGCUCAACCUCCGGAUCUGUGCUCCCGGUCCGGGAUCAGGUCUGCGCGCCCCGGCACACGGACUGGAUGCUUUAGAGGAGCUACUGGGAGGACUGGGACUUUAGAGGAGCUACUGGGAGGACUGGGACUUGGCCUGAGCUGGGACCAAACAGGGAUUAUCAGUGGAAGGUUUUGACAGAUGCUAAUGGGAGCCAUGGAUCCAUCUGGACUGGGAGGAGAAAGGCAGUGAGCUUCUGGUGACGUCCAGAAGGAUGCAUUUCUGACCGGAGCAGCUAGGAGGUCAGGAGGUCACAUACCUCUGGAAGGCACCACUAGAAGCAAAUGCUCUGCCGCCAUGCCUCCUGGGACGGUGUGUUGUCUGUCAGCAUGGACGGUCCAAACCCUGCGGUGCCUGGUGCUUGUCACCGUUGGCUGGCCACUCUUUCCGGCGUUCAGAGGUGUUGCAGGAGGAUCAGACUCUUCCCACUCGGACCUUUAUCCGACUUUCAUGGGGAACAACACGGCGUUUGAGCACCUGGCCCUGCAUCCUGACCCCCAGGUUGGAUGGGUCUACAUCGGGGCCCGGGAUCGGCUGUUCCAGCUGAACCCCUUACUGCAGCUCCGGGUCCAGGACGACACGGGCCCGGUCACAGACAGCCCAGAGUGUUUACCUCCUGUGACAGAGAGCAACUGCCCUCAAGCCAGGGAGACCAGCAACCACAACAAACUGCUGCUGGUUGACCCCUUCUCCAGAGAACUCAUCACCUGUGGGAGCGUCAACCAAGGAAUCUGUCAGAAAAGGAAUCUGACAUCAAUCAACCAGGUGCUUUUUUCCACAGAGAGGCCAGUGGAUACUCAGUAUGUUGCAGCUAACCACCCCAAUGUCAGCACCGUUGGUCUCGUGGUCCGCCCCCACCCGGACAGACAACCGCUGCUGUUUGUGGGACGGGGUUACACCAGCAGCCAUCCACCCAUCUCCACCAGGAACCUGGCCCAGGAGCCCAUCUUUUCUUACGAGGAGACCGCCAAAUUGGCCGUUGCUGGCCGUCUCUCGGAGUACGACCAUCACUUCGUGGCUUCGUUUGCCCACCGCCACCACGUCUACUUCUUCUUCUACAGGCGGGACCUGAAAUCGCAGUCUAGGGAGUACCGCACAUAUGUGUCACGUGUAUGUUUGGACGAUCAGGCCUAUUAUUCAUAUGUGGAAGUGCCGCUGACGUGUCGCUCUAGGGCAGGAAAGAACUACAACCUCCUCCAGGCUGUGAAGCUCGGCUUCUCCAAGAGCGGCGCUAGGAGCGAAGCCUCAGAGAUCCUUCUUGGAGUCUUUUCCACUCAUUUGACCUCUUCACCUCGGCCAAGCGAGGACUCUGCUCUGUGCAUAUUUAACCUCCAAGAUGUAGACCGCAGGAUUAACUCCACCAGAGACCUGUGCUACACGCAGAUGGGCAGAGAGGCAGGAUCAGAGGCAGCCUACAUCGAAUAUGAAGUCAAGUCCAACUGUGCCAACCUUCCAGAGGUGAGUCCAACGCUCCGCCAUGUUGUUUCUGGUUUCAUGGUUAACUCUGCUGAGUUUAACCCACAACUGGCCUGACGUAGUUUGACAUUUUGCU